AUGAACCUUCAGUACCACGUGAAUAAACCAGGUGUCCAGCCCCAGACACAAAGCUCAUGUCUGGACCAGGAACGUCAGGACUCUCCUCAAACGCAAAACCAACAACACGAGGCCGCUUGGACCGGAAACGACGCGCGCCGAGAUUCUCCUCAGCUCAGGAAAAGCGAAAUGGACGAACUGUCUGAGAGCGAGGGUGAUGAUGAUGAUGAUGAAGAAAAUGACUUUGAACCAUGCAGCAGUUCAGCUCCGCACAUGGAGGUGGGGGCGGAGCCGGAGGGAGAGCUCUACAGCCAAUCGUACGCAGAGGAUUUGGACAAAAAUAUGUACACCCAGUUUAACUUCGCUGACAACGUGGCGUCAGUAGAGGGCGGUAACACGACGCCAAACGACUCAAACGAAGAUAAAAAACAUAAACUGAAAAAACAUGAAUGUUAUUUUUGUGAGAAGAAGUUUAAGGAUCGGCACAGUUUGAAACGACACACGGUGGUUCACACGGGAGAGAAGCCGUUCCAGUGCCCGGUUUGUGCCAAAAGUUACUCGUACAAAGAGACUCUGAUGUCCCAUAUGGCGCUACACGGCUGGAGCAAAAAGCCCGGCGAGGAGGCGAGCAGCUCCAAACCCACGCUCUACACCUGCCCCAUCUGCACCAAGUGUGUGACCACGUCCUUCGCCCUCCGCUCACACAUCCUCAUCCACACCGGGGAGAAACCUUACAGCUGUCCAGUCUGCAGCAAAACCUUCAGUCAGAAAGUGUAUGUCCGGAAACACAUGAGGACGCACACGGGGGAGAAACCUUUCAGCUGUACAGAGUGUGAUAUGAAGUUCAGCAGGAAGUCCAAUUUGAAUCGACAUCUCAAAGUCCACGCAGCACAAAAGGCUGAAUAAGAAAAGAACAGUUUAUAUCCCACAGAUGUUUAGCUUUGAAAAUGUGUCUUUGAUUUCUUAGUUUUGAAUGAACACGGGCACUGGUGGAACGUAACAAGUAAAAGUAGUA